UCUGGGUGAAAUUUAAUUGAGGAGGGCUGAUUUCUCCCGGGGCCGCGCUUGCUCGGAUAUAUGCGGCGGUGCGUGGAAGGGCCGGCAGCGAUUCGUGGCCUGACGCGGAGCAGGAGAUGACAUCUCCGAUCCCUCGCAUCAGAUAGGCUGGCCCGGAGGUCGCCCCCUUCAAUAGCUCAGCAGCACCGCGACUGCAUUGCCUCAGUCGCAGCGGUACCGCGGCGUGCGCACGCGUGCGUUAUAAAUACGAAGACAGCAAACCCACCCACCCACCCUAUCCCUCCUGUGCCUGUUGGGUACGGCCUGCUGCAACGCAGCCUUGCUCUACAGCAGCAGCAGAGUCUUGGCUCGCACAGCCAGGCACAGAGAGACAGAGAGACAGACGAGGAGGAAAUAUAGACAGAGACAGCGUUUUUCACGACUUGAGAAGUACGGCUCAAACGCUCGACCGCGAAGUGAAGUCAGCGCAGAUUUGUUCUGUAGCGCUCCGUGCAAUACGAAGUGGGGAAGAGUUGUGUGUGUGGGGGGGGGGGGAGUUCUUGCUCGCCGCAGAGGCAGACAUUCAGGGAGAAGUUUGAGUUCGUGGCCGUGGUGCCCGCCGUCGGCUUUUAGAUGCAGUGUCGAGAAGAUCUGUGCGUUCUCAACUCCGUGCAGCUGACAUCGUCCUCCUCUCGACCGUUACCCGACUCGUGCGCCACUGCAAAUCUCUCGGCCAUGAACCAGUCGACAACGAUGGACGCCUCCUCGUACCUGGCUCUCAAGCAGUCGUCGCUCAAGGAUUCCCCGGACAAGUCGAGCGGCGAAUCGGUGUCCGAGCGAGACGGAGGGGGGGGCACGCCUGGCGUCAAGGCGGCCAAGAAGAGACGAAACCGCACCACCUUCACGAGCUACCAGCUCGAGGAGCUGGAGAAGGUCUUCCAGAAGACCCACUACCCGGACGUGUACGCACGAGAGCAACUCGCAUUGCGCACGGAUCUCACGGAGGCGAGAGUGCAGGUCUGGUUCCAGAACCGCCGUGCGAAAUGGCGCAAGAGAGAACGGUUCGGACAGAUGCAGCAAGUGAGGAACCACUUUGCGGCCGCCUACGAGCUGCCGGUCAUGCCCAGAGCCGACAACUACGGCCACGCACAGGUGAUUGGCUGGUGCAGUGGGAGUGAUGACGUAAUCCCUAGCAACAACUCUUACCAGAUCCAGAACACGUCGUGGGGCAACAGCAGCGGCACGCCGCCCAUGUCGUCGUGCGUCAUGUCGCACGAGGCCAUGCCGCCCUCGUGCAUGGGCGCGCACGCCCACGGCGGCAUGUCGGGCUUCAUGGGCGUCGCGCCGCAGCAGACGGGCCACGCGCCCCACCACCACGCGCCCCACCACCACGCGCACCACGCGCCCCACCACCCGCACCACCUGGGCCAGGCCGCCGGCAUGAACGGCCUCUUCUCGGGGCCCGCCCUCGGGGCGGCGGCCGCGGCCGCGGCGGCCAUCAACGGCUUCGAGCUGCACCCCGAGACGGAGCGCAAGACGUCGAGCAUCGCCGCGCUCAGACUCAAGGCCAAGGAGCACAGCGCGGCCAUCUCCUGGGCCACCUGACUCCUCCCCGAGACCCCCCCCAUCCCCGCCUCCUUCUCCUCCACCGCCUCUGCGCCAAGAUUCCCACCUGUCUCCCCCCUCGCUCCAGUCCUCGAUCCCUCCAUCCCACCUCCACCGCUGUAAAGGGGGGACAAAGUGUGGCGAUGGUAAAGCGAAUUUAAGCACAACCGUUGAAAUAAUACUGCGACAGUAUUCUUGAAAGUAAAUAAGGUAUUCCUCAGAUGAUGAGACGCUGUGGAAAGAUGCACCCGAAACUUCUCCCAUCAAUCGCAACAGACUUGUUAAAACAUGGGGCCUUUCUUGCCAGGAUCAAAGAAUAAGAAUAGGUUUUACCCUUUCUGGCGAUAAAACAGGUUGUAAGAUGUUCAAGCACCAAACAGAAACAUUUUGCAAGGAAUCGUGUCUGCUUUAACCACACACGGUGCGUGUGGUGAACAUGCCAACAAAAAACAUGCAAAAGGCCUUUUGGCGUUCUCUGCUCUAACACUGGUUGAGACUAGGCCCCAAAGAAGGCUGUCUCUGGUGUAGACCAAUCAGUUUCAAAGACAAUGCCAAAUAUUACCAGAGCAUGUUUUCGUUUGCAUGUUCACCACAAGUAUGUGUGGUUAAUGCAGACAUGAUAUCUUGCAAAAAGGUUUCUGUUGGGCGUCUGAACAUCUUAACACAACUGUUUUAUUGCCAGAAUGGCUAAAGCCUAUUAAUAAUCUUGCGACGACACUGCUGGUACACUGUUGUCCAACACAGCUUUCGUAAUCAAGUAGUCAAUUACUUGUUUAACACGCAGGCUUUCGUGACCAAUAUCAUCCAUAAUACAGGUUUUUUUGGGGUUACAUCGCGUAAGUAUAUAAAUGUGUCGUUAAACCCACCACCACCCGACACAGCCAACUAGUAAGGGUUGUCACGUAAACAGAACGUGCCAAUUCGUUACUAGUACAGCACACCGAUGUGUUGGAGAGCGAAGCCACGUUUAUAUAUUUACGCGAUCUACAACAAAAAAAACCUGUAUUAUGGAUUCAAUGACCUGUCGGGAUCGCAAAGGGCCAUCAAAUACAAAUCAGUGAGAUAUCUAUAAAUGAAUCAGCCUGUAUAAACAACACAGCUUUUUUAUCCUGUUCACAACUCGUAGGCUACGAUUUUUGGGGAAUAUUAUUUUUUACAAAAAUCCAGAAUAGAUAUUAAAAAAAAAAUAACUUUCAAUUAUCGCAACAACGCUCAUUGAGAGAAAACAUCACACCGGAAAACCCGUCAGUUGUACGCAGGAAAUGUAAACUAGCUAAUGGACGCAAAUAAUCGGUGAAUUUUGGACGUUUUUCUGUAAGGCUUAGGUCCCACGUGUUUGAUCCAAAUUCCAUUCACAUGUACGCACAGCUAUUAAAACAAACCCCCCUCACUUUCAUUGGGGGUCUAUGAAGCAACCAUCUGUCGGUCGAUGAAUGAAAACACGUUACGAGAAAUCAACCGGGUUUCUUUGCAACGGACUGCCACAAUCACAACUCAAUCAGUCCCCUAACCCUAAGGGUAUCGUUAAGGCUAUUGGGAUUUAAACAGGCGAUACACCGAGACCCGCUCAUUAACAUGUGCCCCCCACUAAAAGAACAGGGAUAAGUUGAAGAUCAAACGUUUUACGUCAAAGCCCCAACACUUCACCCACCAAAUCUCAAUUACACGCUUUCAAUAUGUUAACACCCUGUCUGCCGAAUAGGAAGCCGUCAAUCUCACAAUAUUCGAUUGCCUGCUGCGAUUAAAUUUCGUCACCUGUCAUUGGAAAUCAGUGGGGUGGCUAUCAACCGAUCACCCCCUACAUUAACUAUGAACACUGCUUUGACAGAUUUCAGAAAAGAAUGAAUGACGAUCCCUUUAAGUGAAUGGCUAUGGCUAUUGACUCAUUAAUUUAGCGGUUUUGCACUUUCGCCCAACAGCGCCAGACUCCAUAUGUAUGUAACUGUACAGACCCAGUUGUAUAUAUGUAUAUACGUAUAACUAUAUUGUGACAUGUAUAUUAUAUAAAUAGGGCAUGCAAACACUACACAGUUGUUACUGUUGUUUUACCACACUGCCGUAAAGCUAAAAUUACGAGAUUUUUUUUUUUAAACAGAAAUACAUGUCUGCUGUUGUUGUUGUCAUUUAGUCAAUGUAAUGUCUCCAAACAGUAUUAGUAACGUAGCUACUCGUAGCAUAGCACUGUGUGUGGGCAUAUUCUGUAUGGAACUUCACGUUUGCGACAGGAGCCAAUAGAUUAUUUUCUACUGCUGAUAUGGAAUUAAGAAUUAGCCGAAAGUGUCAACAGCAUGGGACGAGCAUUGACCUACUCUUAUUCGUUUUCCUUCAUUAAAGAAGACUAUUUUUAGUUGUAGUAUUUUUUUAGGAUGUAGUAAAUCACGGUGUGUAUAUCGUAAAAUUAUUAACUUGAUUUAAAAAAAAAUACAAAAAAAAUUAAUGACCUUUAUAUACAACUGCAUAUAUAAUGAUAAAGACUGAGAAUAUUUACAGAAGCUUUUUACUUACGUUUUGAAAUGUUUAACCCCACCCCAUACCACGCCCCGAUUAUUUUGCAUAGAGAUAUAAGAAUUGUUUUCUUUUAUAAUAAACUGAAAAAAAUGUUAUUGUAAUAAAUGGAAAAAAUGACGUGUAAUUAAAAUAUUUUGAAAUAUG